UCUUUACAUACAAAAAUUUCCUCUAUAGCAAGUCUUUAUUAGAAUUUGAGUCAUGGCUAAAAUAUUGAGUUUAUUCAUCAUGGUCACAUCUAUUCUUGCUUUUGCACCAAUAUUAUGUUUAUCUAGCAAGACCAAUUAUUAUGGUUACCUAUAUCCACAAUUUUAUGAUUGGUCAUGCCCAAAUGCAAAAGAAAUUGUCAAGUCUGUUGUUGCUAAAGCCGUAGCUAGAGAAGCUCGAAUGGCCGCCUCUUUGCUUAGGCUUCAUUUUCACGAUUGCUUUGUCAAGGGGUGUGAUGCAUCAUUGCUUCUAGACAGCAGUGGAACAAUAAUAAGUGAAAAAUUAUCAAACACCAAUAGAAAUUCGGCACGUGGAUUUGAAGUAAUUGAUGAAAUUAAAUCUGCACUUGAAAUGGAAUGCCCUCAAACUGUCUCUUGUGCUGAUAUAUUGGCACUUGCUGCAAGGGAUUCUACUGUUCUAGCUGGUGGACCAAGCUGGGAGGUUCCAUUAGGAAGAAGAGACUCAAGAGAUGCUAGUAUAAGUGGCUCCAACAAUAACAUUCCUGCUCCAAACAACACAUUUAAUACAAUCCUCACUAAAUUCAACUUAAAAGGGCUUGAUCUUGUUGACCUUGUUGCUUUAUCUGGGAGCCACACCAUUGGAAAUGCAAGAUGCACUAGCUUCAAGCAAAGACUCUACAAUCAAUCAGGAAAUAAUUUACCAGAUUAUACACUUGACCAAUCAUAUGCUGCACAAUUGAGCACUAUGUGUCCAAAAUUUGGUGGUGACCAAAAUUUAUUUUUCUUGGAUUAUGUCACACCAACAAAAUUUGAUAACAAUUACUACAAGAACUUGUUGGCUUCAAGGGGUUUAUUGAAUUCAGAUCAAAUUCUUGUGACAAAGAAUCAAGCAACAUUAGAAUUGGUGAAAUUGUAUGCUGAAAAUAAUGAGAUUUUUUUCGAGCAUUUUGCGAAAUCUAUGGUUAAAAUGGGAAAUAUUUCACCUUUAACUGGAUAUAAGGGAGAGAUUAGGAAGAAUUGUAGAUACAUGAACUAAAAAAAUUGGUUAUUGUGUUUGAUAUAUUUGAUGUAUUUUUAUGUCAACAUUGUUGUAAGUGUUUUUUUCUUAUUUUUAAUGGUUAGUUUGUAUUCAUCCUCAUA